UCCCAGUCCCUGACUAAACUAGGUAAAGAGCACUGGGGAGGGAAAGUGAGAGUGGAGGAAAAAGAAGGACAAGGCAGCUGCAGCUGAAGAGAAAUAAUGUAGUCUUUGUUGAAAAUGAACCCUUUAUUAUAGUUAUCCAAACAACAUAGAAAACAGUAGAUCACAUUAUUGGAAAUAUUGUGGUCACUUUUGGAAGCUUCGAACAGGAGACACAUUUCAUUGGGAGCGUGACGUGAAGAGCAGUGUCAGUUUGCGCUGUCACACAUUGGGAAUCGCCUAGUUAGCUAGCUGGCUUACCGGCUAGCUUUCUAAAUUAACAAGGACUGGCCUUUUUGCUCUGUGCUUAAUUUGGGACAAUAGCAAACAAAAGGGCGCUUCUGGACUAAACUUCGUUUUAAAGUUUUUUUUAUAUCCAAAGGAAAGGUAAGCCUACUGCCCCGUUGCUGUCAUCUGCCCCUAAGCGUCUUGGUGGAGUUGCGGUUGUGCUGAAGUCAUGGGGACACCAGGGUCUGGUAGAAAGCGUGCCCCUGUCAAGGACCGGUUCUCAGCAGAAGAUGAGGCUUUGAGUAGCAUUGCCCGUGAGGCGGAGGCCAGGCUGGCAGCAAAGAGGGCAGCACGCGCCGAAGCUAGGGAUAUCAGAAUGAGGGAACUGGAGCGGCAACAGAAAGAGCUCUCUCACCACUCAACCAGCAAGAAAUGGGGGUCGAUCCACCAGUGGAUGGCUGACGCAGAGAAGGCCAGGCACUCUGGCUCCAGCAGUAAAUCCAGCAGCCAUCAUCGUCGGGGGCUGGAGGAUGAUGCCCUGUCAGUCCGCAGCAGUGCAAGCUAUAGGUCCACAAGCUCCACAUUGAGAGACCUGGGCAGUUCUCACAAUAGCCGGGCAAGCACUUCUCGUAGAAGAGACUUGGCAUCUGACAUUCUCGCCAGUAGCUCCUCCCUCAGGAAUAGUAGCUCCUCCCUCAAGAACAGUAGCUCCUCCCUCAAGAACAGUAGCUCCUCCCUCAAGAACAGUAGCUCCUCCCUCAAGAGCUCCCGCUCCACUAGCUCUGUGUACAAUGACCUGCAAGGCUAUAAGAAGGCUCCGGCGUCCAGCAGCUCCAGGAAGGACCUGCUGACUGGGCUCUACCAUGAUCAGAGGAACUACAGCAGUCUGCAGAGCAUCAAGCCUCCUCCUCCCUCUACUUCCUCCUAUCAGCCUCGGGCCACAUCCUCGGCCUCUACCACUACUGGUUCGGGGCUGGCGCGCAGCUACAGCAUGGCCUCUAUACAUGACGACCCUGGUCUCUAUGGCUCUCACAGUACCAAAGCUCCCUCUGAGUACAGCUGGUACUCCUCUGGAGCUAGCUCCACCCACAGCAGCCCCGCGUCCUCCUCUGAUGACGACACCCUCAGCACCGUGUCCCAGGACCGCUUCAACCGGGGCAGGAGGGACAGCGUGUCGUCGGACUUCUCAGACAUCAGCGAGACGGCCGCUGACUAUUUCAGCCGCUCCAACCGGCGGGGCAGCAUCGUGUCUGACCUAGAUGACCUGAGCAUCCCAGACCUGGACUCUCUGGAUGAAAAAUGCAACAAGCAGUACUCAGAUUUCAGCCGGCCAUCGUCGCGCUGCACCACCCCGGGCCUGUCUGCUGCUACCCUGGCCUCCCUGGGAGGCACCUCUUCACGACGGGGCAGCGCAGACACUGGAAGCAUCGUUGACCCAGACUCCAGUCUGAGUGAACUGAGGGAUAUCUAUGAUCUAAAGGACCAGAUUCAGGAUGUAGAGGGGCGAUACAUGCAGGGGCUAAAAGAGUUGAAGGAGUCGCUCUCGGAAGUGGAGGAGAAGUACAAGAAAGCCAUGGUGUCAAACGCACAGCUGGACAAUGACAAAGCCAACCUCAUCUACCAGGUGGACACGCUCAAGGACGUGAUCGAGGAGAUGGAGGAGCAGAUGGCCGAGAUGCGGAGGGAGGUGGAGGACAAGUCAAAGGAACUAGAAAGACAAAAGCAUACUUGCACGGUCCUGCAACACAAACAAGAGGAGUUGAAAGAGGGUAUCCGCCAGAGAGAUGAGCUCAUAGAGGAGAGCCAGCGAAUGCAGACUAAGUUAGAUACCCUGACGAGAGAGGUGUUUGACCUGCAGGAAACCAUAAACUGGAAGGACAAAAAGAUUGGGGCACUAGAGAGACAGAAAGAGUACUUUGGUUGCAUUAGGAAUGAGAGAGAUGAGCUCAGAGAUGAGCUGGCUGACAUCAAGGGGAAGUCCAAAAAUGGAGAGAAACAUGGCCUUGUCAUCAUCCCGGAGGGCACGCACAACGGAGACAUCAGCCACGAGCCGCCAGCCUCAGGGAUCACCGUGGUUACCCAGGACUCCGCCCAGGUGCUGGAGUCAGCAGGAGAAGGGCCGCUGGAUGUUAGGCUACGAAAGCUUGCGGAUGAAAAGGAUGAACUCUUAGCCCAGAUCAGGAAGCUGAAGAUGCAGCUGGAAGAGGAGAGGCAGAAACCCUCCAAGAUGGAUGCUGUGUUUACGGACGGAGAGAAGAUGGAAAACGGCACUGACCUGCACUUUAUUGAAAUGCAGAGAGAUGCCAACAGACAGAUCAGUGAAUACAAGUUCAAGCUCUCAAAGGCAGAACAGGAAAUGGGUACAAUGGAACAAAACAUUAACAGACUAGAAGGACAGGUGUCUCGUUACAAGGCAUCUGCAGAUAACUCAGAGAAAAUCGAGGAUGAACUAAAGGUUGAAAAAAGGAAAAUUCAAAGAGAGCUGCGUACAGCCCUGGAUAAGAUUGAGGAGAUGGAGAUGACCAACAACCACCUAGUGAAGCGCCUUGAGAAGAUGAAGGCUAACAGGAAUGCUCUUCUCUCUCAGCAGUGAGGCGCUGGAUUGCCACAAAAGCCCUUAAACUCGCACCUCAGACCUUUGACUGCCAUAUUGUGUCUGGAGCACAUUUCCAUUCUUCCUUGUUAACACUUAUGUUGUGUAGCAAAACCAAAAACACUUACGGAGAAAAAAAACACUGGUAGCGCAGGCAAAGCUGUACUUUUUGUUUUUUAAUAGACUAUGAGCAUUGGUUUGUCAUGGUGUGUGUGCAUGCCAGUGUCUUUGGAAGGGAGCUGCAAAACAUCUAUAACAUUAAGAGUUGCUUGGGGAGAUUCUAAGGAUACUUCUCUACCCAUUACCUUAUUUUUCAAAGCUUUGUACUAUAUCAUGUCAUUCAUAAGGUUUUAUUUCUCUGGCUGGGUGCUUAGCUAUUCAUUGUUUUGUUUGUUUAUUUUUGAUAAGUUGCAUGAAUGAGUGUAAUAGCGCUUUUAAACUGUUAAGCCCUCACGGCUGCUGUAGCCCUGCACCUGUUCAUGAACCCUCACACAGUGAAGUGCCUUCUCACCUGUAUUCUGAGGGAUUUUUAACGUCCUACAAUAACAAAAACAGGUACAGAAUAAUGUAUUUAAAGGUGCGGUCAUGAUUUGAAAAUAUAAACGAACCAUUGUCUGCUGAGGUUUCAUUGAGAAUUUUUGGAAAAUGAUAUUUAAGAGAUUUCUUGGAAAUAAAUGUGUAAUGACAUGAACUGUAAAUACUAGAAUGUUUUUUGCAUGGGUUAUGGCACAUUUCCUGGAAGUGAGGUAUUUUUUGCAACAAAAGUACAUCCACAGAAACAGCACUACAUACCACUUCUUCAAACUGUGUUUGCUGCUUAGAAAGCAUUACAAGUCUCAGGACCACACAACAAUUGUGACUGGGGCAGCUACUGCAUUGAUAUAUUAAUAAACUUUACCAGAUUUACACUG